GAAAAAAUACACCGAAUAAGUCCGUAAAAUAGAGAAAUUACCAGGAUUUUAGACAUUUGGGUGAUUUCUGAGCGAAUACCGAGCCGUUAAAAUUUAGCCGGAACGUACGGAAAGCGGCGCUCGCGUCAAAAAACCUCCCCGCGAUUCGGUGUCCGUUAGAAAUGAAUGUAGACGCCGGUUAAACUCGGUAAAUAACCCGUUUUUUCGCACUCUUGCGGUGCUAAUUAACUAUAUUAUCGGGAACGGGAGUGAGCUAAAGCCGUUUAGACAUUUACGUUUUCUUCGUUUGCGCAAAACUCACUUCAAAUUUAAACAUUUAGCGCGUUUCUGUGAACCGGGAACGGGCAUGCGCAGUGGCAGCGGCAGGCUGACGCGGAUAUAAGGAUUGGCGCCGGCGCCACAGCUGAUGCAUUCAUUCAUUCUUCACUGAGGAGCGGAGCCAUAAACACAGUCGACACCAUGUCCAGACGCAGUGGUCGUAUCACACUUCAAGCCAGAGAUUCAAACACACCUGAGCCGACCGUCAGAGUCCCACUGAAGAAGAGAAAAUCAGAGCCCUCCAAAAAGAAACUACAACCUGCUGCCAAGAAACAAAGCUAUGAAAUACAGAAGUGUUGGUCGGAGGACGGAGCGACUCCGUGCAUCCUCAUCGAAACCCCCCACAAAGAGCUGGAGCCCGCCGACCCAUCCAGCUUCAAACAGUACACGUUCAAGAACCUCUUCAUCAAGGCCUCGCCCAUCCCCCGCCUCAGCUGGGCCAGUUCAGACGACGUGUGGAUUAAAAUGCUGAACAAGGAGCUGAAGUACGUUCACGAUAAGAGCUACCUGCAGAGGCAUCCCAAGCUGCAGCCGAAGAUGAGGGCGAUUCUCCUGGACUGGCUGCUCGAGGUGAGCGAGGUGUACAGCCUCCACCGGCAGACGGCCUACCUCGCCCAGGACUACUUCGACCGCUUCAUGCUGACCCAGCAGAACGUCAACAAGGACUACCUGCAGCUCAUCGGCAUCACGUCGCUCUUCAUCGCCUCCAAGAUCGAGGAAAUCUACCCUCCUAAAAUCUACGAGUUCGCCUACGUCACAGACGGAGCCUGCGACAUGUGGGACAUCCAGCGCACAGAGCUUCACAUAUUAAAGGCGUUGGACUGGAACCUGUGUCCGGAGACGCCCAUCUCCUGGCUGAAGCUGUACGCUCAGGUCGAAGCUCAGAAAGACGACGAGAACUUCCUGGUGCCUCAGUUCUCGCAGGAGACCUACAUCCAGAUCACACAGCUGUUGGAUCUGUGUAUGAUGGACAUCAACUCUCUGGACUACAGCUACAGCAUCCUCGCCGCCGCCGCCUUCUGCCACUUCUCCACCUUCGACGUGGUUCAUAAAGUCUCAGGUCUGACGUGGGACAGCGUGGCUCCCUGUGUUCGGUGGAUGAGUCCCUUCAUGGACACGCUGAGAUCUGAACCCACACCUGAGCUGAAAACCUUCACCAGAGUCAAAGCUGACGACCGACACAACAUCCAGACACACGUGGCCUAUCUGGAGCUGCUGAGAAAAGCUCAGGAGCGUCACAUCCACAGCCACGACUCUCAGAUGUCUCCCGUCGCCGUCUCCCCCCUCCUGACUCCCCCCAGCAGCACAGAGAAACCAGCCAAUCCCUGAACCUGAACGCAUCACCACCUCUACCUCUCCACCUCCUUGGACUCAACAUCAGCUCCUCAAACACCUUUUGUUUUUUAGGAAGAACAAACUGCCUGUAGCACACGUUGGAUUUUCUUUUAACACUAACUCCUCAGGCAGGUCGCUCUGCUUUUCAAACAGCAGCAUUUCGUACCUUUCAGGUAUUAUUGGGAAUUUUACUGGUGCUAUUCUGUUGAAAUGGAAACACUUUGACACGGUGCUUCAGUCUGAUUCUCAGGAAAACGAAAACAAGUUUUGUUUUCUGUGUUUAUCCCUCUCACCUGGUGGAAACUCACCUGAACCGCCCUCCUCCUUUUUAUUUUUUUAUUUUUUUUAACCCCUCGUUCUCGUCGCUGCACGGGAACAACGUGAUGAUCUCUCCUACAAACUGUUUGUAGCUUCGUGAGCCGCCGGAGGAAUCGGUCGCUUCCUAACGUCCUCACACUCGUUCGCGUGGCUCAGUAAUUCCCUUUUAAUUCUUAUUUUAACUCUUGAAACCUGGUUGCACGUGUUUUUGUUACAUUCCUGGGAAACUUGACAAUUGUGCAAAGUUUAUUUUUCUCUUUGCUUUUUCAUUUAAGUGCUUGUAUUUAUUAAAAAGCCUUAGUAUGUAAGAAAAAUUAAAUGUUCAUAUGUAAAAAUACAAAAAAAUAUGAAUCUUUCAGCAAUGAAUGAGCUCGGUUCGGUCGCUGCCGAAGGCAAAAGCUAUUUAUGAUUUAGCUCUGUGACGCCUGGUGUUGAAUUACAGUUCUUUAUUAAAUGUUGGACACUAGCCUGUCAUUUCUUAGUGCCUUUUUAAAAGAACAAAAACCCUGUGACUGUAAAACCUGCAGUGAACAAACCAACCAUGGAAACUGUCUGUAGAUGUCUGAGAAUGUACCUUCUGUAAAUAGAUCAGACUCAAAUGUCUGAUUUUCUUUUAUAUUGCAAUGUUUUAAAUAAAUAAAGUCGAAUGAGAUGA